AUGUACUAGCUUGGUUUUUAACAUGGGCUAAGUCACUUCAUAAAUGGAAUCGCGAUUUAAAGCAUUGCAUUAUAGGGUAGGCAUUACAGCGCGACUUGGGCUUCUGCCUUGAACACGGAAAGUCUCAAAAUUAAAAGUAAACAUUUACUACUUCAAAAUGGAGAUUGCAUCAAUGGAACUUUUAAAGGAAUGUGUCCUCUAUUAUUCUCUAUUAUGAGUUAGCAACACAGUGUUCAUGUCCACACAAGAUGGCAGCUUCAUUGGAAGAAGAAUUUGAAGAUGCGCCUGAUGUGGAGCCUUUAGAACCAACAUUGAAAAACAUUAUAGAGCAGAAAUCGCUUAAAUGGAUAUUUGUUGGAGGCAAAGGUGGCGUUGGCAAAACUACAUGCAGCUGCAGUCUAGCUGUCCAGCUGGCUUCAGUGCGCGAGAGUGUGCUCAUCAUUUCCACUGACCCAGCCCAUAACAUCUCUGAUGCCUUUGACCAGAAGUUCUCCAAGGUGCCCACAAAGGUCAAGGGUUAUGAGAACCUCUUUGCUAUGGAGAUUGACCCCAGUCUGGGUGUGGCGGAGCUCCCUGAUGAGUUCUUCGAGGAGGACAACAUGCUGAGUAUGGGCAAGAAGAUGAUGCAGGAGGCCAUGAGUGCCUUCCCCGGCAUCGAUGAGGCGAUGAGCUAUGCAGAGGUCAUGAGGUUAGUGAAGGGCAUGAACUUCUCUGUGGUGGUGUUUGACACUGCCCCCACUGGCCACACGCUGCGCCUGCUCAACUUCCCCACCAUAGUAGAGAGGGGCUUGGGUCGACUCAUGCAGAUCAAGAACCAGAUCAGCCCCUUCAUCUCACAGAUGUGUAACAUGCUGGGUUUAGGCGACAUGAACGCCGACCAACUGGCUUCUAAGUUGGAGGAGACACUACCGGUCAUCCGCUCUGUCAGCGAGCAGUUCAAAGACCCGGAACAAACAACGUUCAUCUGUGUGUGCAUCGCUGAGUUCCUGUCCCUGUACGAGACGGAGCGUCUGAUCCAGGAGCUGGCCAAGUGUCGCAUCGACACACACAACAUCAUCGUCAACCAGCUGGUAUUCCCCGACUCAGACCGGCCGUGCAAGAUGUGCGAGGCCCGCCACAAGAUCCAGUCCAAGUACCUGGACCAGAUGGAGGAUCUGUAUGAAGACUUCCACAUAGUCAAGUUACCACUGCUGCCCCACGAGGUGCGCGGGGCCGAAAAAGUCAACACCUUCUCCAUGCAGUUGUUGGAGCCCUUCAACCCCCCCCACCAAGUGAUCGACCUCCAGUCCCAGUCUGAACUCACAAUCUCCGCCCCACCCCCCCCCCCCCCCCCCCCCCUUGACCCCAGCCUUACCCAUCCAAUACUGUAACUUGGCAAGAUCAUUCCCAUCUUCUUCCUCAUUCAUUGUCUGAACCUAAGGCAUUACAGCAAGAACGGCAGUACCCCCCCCACACACACGCACGCACGCACGCACACACACACUCACUCUCUCUUUGGGGGCAGAGCAUACAUGGACACGCAGCUACCUGCUGGAGGUGUAGCCUACAGUCAAACAGAGAAAACGGAUUCACCUGUGAUAUCUCCAUCUCAUGUCCUUCUGCUCUCAGUCACUGUCAUUCGCUGCGUGCGGUCUCUCCAGGCCAAAGACCUACUAUUCCUAAAGCAGUUUCCCCCAGGGAACACUCCGCCCCCACUUUUUGCCACUCCCCUCUUCUCUCCGUUGUCCAGCCCCCAUAAUAUGUGUGAAGUAUCCUAGAAGGCCGGGGCCUGUUGCUGUGUUUUUCAGUAUAAAACAGCUUUGCAAUGGGCUGCAUCCCUUGUCUCUGCCAUGCCAAUUAUUUCAGGCUGUUGUCUGUUUCAGUUUAUGACCUCCAUUUGGGGAAUAUAUUUUGGGAGUGUCAUGCAGGACAUGGGUGUGGGUGGGAACGUUUUGGGGGAUUUGAUCAGUGAUUAGUCAACAAGUGUGAGAAAGGGGUGGGAUGUGUGUUAUCAGUUCAUCUUGUGUUUUUACAUACCGACCCACCAAUAUCAUGGACAUUAUUUAACUGACAGUUUGUUACUUUGUAUAGGUUUUAAACUCCAGGUUCCCACCCGCAUUCUACUUCUGUUCCUGAAGGGAUUUCCAGGCCAAGUUUCCCUACAUUUAUUGGAUUACGGAAGUCCUCGUUUAUUUAUAAUCACCAGGCAGGUGGCAACUUGUAAUUAUUUUAUGCCGAUUUUGUUUCUUGCGAAACCCUGAUGGAGCCCGUGUCAAUGGGAAGCCCCUGUGAUAGUCUGGGAAUAAAGCUCUUGUCCUAGUCUGGUUGAACCAGACUGAAUGUCGCCAAUCACCAUUGGCCAACAUUAAGCACAGCGUUCAUUCUAGUACAAUUAGGCUGACUUCCCUUUCUCUGUCUGUAGCGGUGCCUAAAACUGCAUCCUGUUUCCCUACAUGGUACACAACUUUUGACCCAAGUCUUGGUUUGAGAAAUGGGUGCCGUUUCAUGUAGGUGGCUCACAGUUUGAGAAUACAGUGAUUACUAAAGAGUACUUGGUAACAUGAAUGCCUUAUUAGUGCAUUAUAUGAUACAGCUGAUUAGUGAAUGUGGCUUGAUCCCGUGUUGUAGGGAAACCAAGUUCCUGAUUUAGGUCCUAUUUAAAUAGCGUAAUUGGGUGUUGUGUUACCUGCAACCACAAUUGGCUUUUCUUUCUAAAGCACAGGUAAAUUGUCCCACUGUCUGUCAAUGUGACUGGUUGUGAAUGAGUACAUGCACCACAUAUAAAGGUUGAUCGACUGCCAAUAUAGACCCGUAAUCUCUGCAGCUGCUGCAUGUCUUGAAAGGGUCCCUUUUGAGUUUCCUUUUUUCAAUGCAAAGUUAUUAAUGCCUUUAUGGGUCUUUUUUUGUAGGAAAUUCUGUUAAGUUGCAAAAAUAAAACCCUAAAAACAUG